GAAUCCCCCUUUUCUUGGUUUUCUCUCACCAAGAAACAACAAUAAACAGCUACUACUUCUACUCCACCACCUCCAAUCCACUUUCAUUAUCAUGGCCAUUAUUGUUCUUAUUCCAAACCUUUUUUAAUCUUUAUCCCUCUCUCUUUCAUGAUUGCUGUUGGCUAGCUUGGCACCAUCCCCUUUGGCCCAUUUUUGUUUUUUCCCCUGAAGCAAAGAGGGUAGUUUUGAGAAAGAAAAAAAAAGGCAGAUUUUUUGUGGGUUUUGAUUUUUGUUGGUCUUAAACCAUUCAAGAAUUGGGUAUCUGAAAAAUCCCAGCUGGGUUUUGGAAGAUGCUAGGAGGAGGAAAGAAUGGAAACUCGGUAAUCCCGGGUUUCGUGGAGGAAAAUCGCUCGCAGUAUGAUAACAAUACAAUGGCCCAACUGCAGUUAUUUGGACAUGUUCCAGUUCAGUAUGGGCCCGGUGUUAGCACAGUAAACUAUAUGGGAAGCAGAAAAACGCCUAAUAACGAUAACAAAAUUAGAGAAGGUGAAAGUUCAUCUAUGCAGCACAAGCUUCAGAUAUCAUUAAACAACAACAGCGAAGUUGGCCUUAAGGGGAACUUUGUAAAUCCUAACAAUUAUGUGUCCACCGGUCUCAAACUUUCUUGCGAGGACGAAGAGCGUAAUUCGUCCAUCUCCUCUGCAUGUGAGAAUAUGAAAGGCAAUGCCAAUAUUCCCGUUAUGCUCUCUCUUGGUAGCACCGUGAAAAUGGAGAUUGAUCGACAAACUGAAGAAUUCGACCGAUAUUUUAAACUUCAGGAACAGAGCAUCUUGAAAGGCGUGCGAGACAUAAACCAACGCCACACGGCCUCUCUCUUAACCGCGCUCGAGAAAGGAGUCUAUCUCAAACUGCACGAGAAGGACCUCCAAAUCGAGAGCCUCAACCGAAAGAACAAAGAGCUCGGGGAGAAGAUAAAGCAAGCAUCCAUGGAAGCUCAGUCAUGGCACCACAAGGCAAGGUACAAUGAGUCGGUUGUAAACACUCUGAAGAGCAACAUUCAGCAGCUCAUGGAACAAAAUACGACUCGAGCGCGCGAGGGCUCGGGGGACUCCAGUGAGGUUGACGACGCAGGAUCGUGCUCUGACCAAAUGAUGAGGAGCUAUAAAGGACACAUAUGCAAGGUUUGUGCUAAGAAAGGGGUCUCGGUUUUGGUAUUGCCUUGCCGGCAUUUGUGUCUUUGUGUCGACUGUGAAGGGUUUGUCGAUGUUUGUCCCGUCUGCAAGGCGAUGAAGACGGCGAGUGUGUGUGUGUACAUGUAAUGGCUAAUUUAUUUAUUUAUUUUUUUUU